AUGCCGGAAAAUCUCCAACUCCCACCGUUGUCUUCAUCCGCUAGCCGCCCUACAGCGCCGCGCCACAGCACCGCCACCAGUGUCUUCUCCGGUCAUCCAAAUGGCACCGUCGCUCUGCUCAACGCCGUCUUGUCUUCACCUGGUCUCAUCCAUGAAGGACGCAGCCAUCAACGUCACCGGCGACCACCCGCUGCUUCUCCCUUCUCCGCAAGGCCCGGUCCACGAGGAGCUGCGAUUACGGAUUUAAGGUUGUCGGAUAACACGCCGGCGACCAUCCUCCGUCCUCCCCGCAGCCAUCGUCACCGUCCCGACGUCGACUUUGGCCUUCUCUUUCUCCACCGUCUUCAACUGCCGUCCUCUGUCGUGUUCUGGAUGGCACUGAUUUCAGCAAAUUGA